AUGGAGACUGCACCCCUCACUCUAGCCCAGACCCACGCAAGAAAUGCUGUGUUUGAGACCCGUAAGUCGAACCCGGUCGCCGCCAGCGAAGAGCAUGAUUUGGCCGCUGGUGAGUUCGCAUCUGCAGCUAAGAGUAGCUCAGAUCCAGAGGACUUAGACUUUAUCAGACUAUUGACUGACCUCGACACACAGGCCCUUCGAACUCUUCAGCUACUCGAGCAACAUCACAAAAAGCUUGCGGAAAUUUUAAGAUUUCAACAUGAGCAUCCAUCAGCAAAUAACACACCACCGACCGCUAUUGGUUCCCUCAACAUUAUAACCCAGUCAUCCGACUCCGGAGCGAAAGCGGGCACAGCUGCCAGUCAUGACCCUCAAGGGCAACCUCCAAGACUGCCCGGACAUCCUCGAUUACCAAGUCGGGAGUCUUCGUCCAUCGCUAGCAACCUGGCAUCGGCACGGGGUAUCCCGGCGCAUCCUUCCCGUGGAUCGCCCGUGUCACCAACCCUCUCUUCACAGCAAGCGGGAGCAAAGAUGAUUGAUGGACCGUCAAAGAUCAAAACCAGUGAGAGGCUACGAGAGGCUCCUAGCAAGAAUCGCGCAAGUCGGGAAUCAGCCUCGAGGCAACCAUGGUCGCCUCCAUUGCCCAGUCCCACCGAUAUCACCUCCCAACAACUUGUACCCUUGGAAAAUGAAACACCAUAUCCAAAAACCAAACCAACUGCUGACGAGCCAUUUCAAAGAUUUUACUCUACCUUUGAAGGUCUUAUUUCCAGGAUAUCGGCACCUCUAGCAUUCGCAGGGCUUCCUCUGGGCGCAGAUGAUUCUGCAAAAGGUAGCCUUGCGAGUCGCAAGUCCCCCGCCGAGACCAAGGUAGAUCGAUAUCAUGCGACUUCGGACCGUGCAUCAGUAUCGGCAGAUCCCGAUGUCAGUCGGAUAUUCUCUCGUGCUGCCUUGCGGUCCACCCGAGAAACAUCAGGCCUAGGCCCUGGAAAUCCAGCCGAGUCUUUUUAUGUUGUCCCUACAACGGGUGGAACAAUGUCAUAUACUGGCAUUAUGACCCGUGCCGAGAAGGAGGCCCGUCGAAAUAGUUUGGAAGAUGGAGAGGACGACUUUGUAGAUGCAAGAGAAACCCCAUCUUCCCCAGAAAUGAUGCGCCAGAGUGCAGGCAGUGUCGGAAGGACGGGGCGUCGAGGCACCACCGACAAACAGCUAACUUCACAAAAUUCUAAAACUCUGGAAGAGCUACAGAUGGAAAACCAGGCUUUAAAGCAUUUAUCCGACACUCUUUCAAAGCGGCUGCAUAUGUGGGAGGUGAAUGCCCAGUCAUCGUCUAUGGCUCUCCAGCAGUCUCUGAGGGCAAUACACCACCACAAUACUGGAUCACCAGAGCAGACUAUGCAUGGAUCAGCUGGUUUGGUCUCACCGUCGGCGCCUUUGUCUGCCGCACCCGCGAUUUCAGAACCGGAUCCACGUAUUAAAGAAUUGGAGGACAUUGUCCGUCGCGGCGAGAAGGAGCUGGCGCGGAUUGGGCAUGAGAAUGACAAAUUAAAGGAUGUACUUGGUCGCUAUCGGGAUCGUUGGGAGAAGCUGAAAGAGGGUGCAAAAACGCGGCGUGCAGAGGGCCGUUCGAGUGAAGGUCAAUCCAAUACAAGAGCGGGUACGAUACUGGACACUCCGCUCACACCACUGUUGGAAAUUGAUUCUUCAAAGAAAUCAGAACCAGAUAAAAAAACUGAAUAA